CUCUCUCUCUCUCCCCCUCCCUCCCCCCACCCCAAGUACCACAUUUAGGUUGAAGAUCUCCUGGUGGACAGAAGAGGCUAAAGAACUUGAGGUUUAUGGUUUGUGAAAUCUAUCUUGAGUUGUGAAGGAAGGGGGGUUCUUUCAAGCUUGGAGCUCUAGAAGCAAUGCCGAGGUCGAGAGGGUCAGAGAUGCCGCAGCGGCAAUCGCCACGGGCGCCGCUUCAUCUGAAGACAACUGCCUGCUCUGAGGCCAAUGGCGUUCACCGCCACAUGGUGGACCGAAGUCCGAAGCUGGAGGACCGGCGCUCGCCUCGCAGCCCCCUCCAUGAGAAGAAGAGGGGCACCAGGGUGGCGGAUUUAGAGACGAAGCUCACCCGAGCCCAGGAGGAGCUCAAGAAGCUAAGGGAGCAGCUGGCCUCCACCGAGGCCGCCAAAAAGGAAGCCCAGGAAGCACUUGAGGAAGCCAAGAAACGAAUCCCGGCCGCUGCCACCUCCCCCCAAGACUCAGAAGAAGAGAAGCCUCCUCUUCCCUUAAAAGAAGAGACCGAGACUACCACUCAACCCCUGGAUUCUCAAGAGAAGAGUGAGCAGACGGUGGAGAAGGAAUUGCUGGAGUCCAAAUCCGAGGAGGAAAGCGUCAACUCCCCUGCUACUGAUGUUUUUGAAGUAGUCUCGCCAGCUCCGGUCCCAACUGAGCCGAUCGACAAAGAGAACGAGGCUGGGAAUAUUUAUAAUGAGAAAGUAGUGGAGGAGAAGGAAGAGGAAGAGACAAAGGCAAUGGUGGAGAAAGAUGGUGAGAUUGAGAUGACUGCAACAGAGAAAAAGGAAGUGGGAGAGGAUAACAGGCCUAUCGAGAUCGCCGAGAGUGCAGAGGUAUUGGAACUCAAGGCCAAGCUAUUGGAGAAGGAGAAAGAACUGGAGAACUUGUCAGCAGAGAAUGAGAGCUUUAAGAACAAAGCAGCGGAGGCGUCGGAGAAUAUGAUGGCCGCUGCGAGAGCUAAAGAAGAGGAGCUGGGUGUGAAGCUGGGCUCCGUGGAGGAGGAGCUGAGGGAGAGCCGAACAAAGGCGGAGAGGCUGCAGGAGAAGCUGGAGGCGGUGGAGGGGGCGAGGGUGGCGCUGGAGGCGGAGAUGAAGCGGCUGAGGGUGCAGACGGAGCAGUGGCGCAAGGCGGCUGAGGCAGCAGCUGCAGUGAUGGCGGCCGGGGAGGGGCCGGGAGUGGAGAUGAUGGGGGAUAGAAAGGUGGCGGAAAGGUGCGGUUCCAUGAACAAACACCUUGGUACCGGCGGCGGAGGUUUCGGAGGAUGGGGAUCGCCUCUGAUGGGCGGGGAGAUGGAUGAUGAGGGUAUUGGUGGAGGGAAGAGGAGGGGGGCCGGAAUUCGAAUGUUCGGAGAUCUCUGGAAGAAGAAGGGGCAGCAGAAGUAGAGGCGCAGUAGAAGCAGAGUUGCGGAGGUCUCCUCAACCCUUUGGAGAAAUCCUCUUCUUUUUCUCUUUGCUUAUUAUUUUGUUUUGCUACUGUAAUGUGUUGUAUUGCUUCUGUACUGUUGGUAAGGGCGCAACCAACCAGCCAAGUUGUUUUGGUAUCCUGGAGUUGGCUUCGGGAGCUUUGUGAGGUGGAAUUAGCUUUGAUGUGCUGCUGAUCUAAACUAAUUUAGCUAAUGGAAUUGCCACAUAAUUUAGGAU